UGUGAAUGUCGUGAAUGAUUAGUUCGACUUUGACAGGACAUACUAGGGGAGUCGAAGAGACAGCAACUUUUGAUUUAUUAUUUAUUCCUCAACCAAAAUGUCUUAUCAGGGCGGUUAUCCAGGCGGCUAUCCGGGACAGGGUGGAUAUCCAGGACAACAACCACAACAAGGCUAUCCGGGACAAGGUGGUGGAUAUCCGGGACAACAGCCACAGCCUGGCUAUGGUGCACCAGGAGGCUAUCAACAACCGUCCGCAGGCGGAUAUGCUCCACAACCAGCUGGAGGAUAUGCUCCACCAACAGCCGGAGGAUAUCCACCGACAAAUGUUCCUGGUGUAUCGUCGGACACGCAACGACUCUUCGGUAUGGUAGAUAGGGAUCGUUCUGGGAAAAUCAGUGCAGAUGAGUUAAAGACGGCCUUGGUCAAUGGAAAAGGAGAGAAUUUCUCGGAUGUAGCGUGCAAAUUGAUGAUUGGUAUGUUUAACCGAGACAAAAGUGGCACUGUGGACAUCCAUGAAUUCGAGAAAUUGUACGCCUACAUCAAUCAAUGGCUGUCUGUGUUCAAAACCUAUGAUCGUGAUGCGUCUGGUCACAUUGAUGAAACCGAAUUGGCGCAAGCUCUCGGCCAAAUGGGUUUCCGUUUUUCGCAGAAUUUCAUCAAAUUUCUGGUUGGCAAGAGUGAUCCGAAAUUGCACAAAGAAGUGUCUGUCGAUCAGUUCAUCGUGCUGUGCAUUCAAAUUCAACGAUUCACUGAAGCAUUCCGUGCGCGUGACCAGCAACAGAACGGCACCAUUACCAUUAAUUUCGAGGAUUUCCUGACUGUCGCUCUGGAUUGUUCGACGUAAAUGUUUCGGUUUUCUGUUUACGUUCCAUGUUCUUUGAAUUUUAACCUACUUUGAUGAGCUACGCCGCCGCCUAUAAAUUUAUGCGCCAGAUAAAUUGGCUGUUUGUUGAGUGGAAAUCUAAUGGUUUCGACUGGGAAAAGGUCUAUUUUUCUUAAAUAAAAUUUGUUUUUU